AUGCCGGCUACCUCUGCUCCUACGCCCCUCAGCGAUAGGGAUCCUAACAAGCCCUCCAAUCCCGCGCAACAAGGAACAAAACGCAAGCCCGAUAGCACUACAUCUGGCGAACAGCGACCAAACAAGACGGCGAAGCACACCAAGAGCAAGAAAGCAGACAUUGAUGCUCUCCUUGACACAGGUGAUGUGACGCUACCUGGCGAGGAUACAGGGAGCGUCCCAGUAUAUGACACGUGUGGAGAGAUCCGGCGCAAGAUCCGAGCUCUCCUGGCCAAGGGUGUUUCGCAGGCAGCACUGAGCCGGACUCUCUCCAAGAUGCUUCCCGGGAGUCAAGGCCAAGUUUCUUCUCGGAAUAUUGGCACCUUCAUGAAACAGAAACACCUCAUGGAUGGCAAUACAAGCCCAGCAUUCUACGCCGGGUAUGUCUUCUUUGAAAAGCAGCGCAUCAAGAAUGGAAAGCCAAAGACAAAGACCCGCCAAGAGAUGGAGGAAGCACAUGGAAAGACGGGCGUGGAUCUAGAUUGGAGUUUUAAGGGUGGCUCCCUUACUCUUUUUCGGAAUGAGCGAGCCCAUGUGGAUAAGUUUGGUCGAAUACAAAUCACAAAGCAAUAG